AUGAUACAGCCCGACGCGCACCCCGCGCUCGCCCUGCUCGUUAAAGGUGACCUACCUGUACCCUACGCUACCUGUACCCUACGCUCACUGUACUCGUUAGAGGUGACACACCCUACACUCACUGUACUCGGCCGCGCUCGCCGCCAAGCGCGCGCUCGGCCGCUACCGCCUGCGCCCCGCCGGCCCGCGCCACAAGAUGAUACAGCCCGACGCGCACCCCGCGCUCGCCCUGCUCGUUAA